AGGUAUAUGAGCCGACACGUCCAGAUGAGCCAUGCCUGCGUUUUGCAAGAAUGAGGGAAGGCUUCCGAGCUGCCAGCAGAGACCGAUGUCUGUGUUAGCAAGACACUGACUCUGCAACCAUGGGAUCUUCUCUGCUCCUUUUGUCUCUGUUUUUGUCCUCGGCAUCAGUGGUCCGCGGUUCCAACAUCUGCACAUCGAGAGGGGUGGCCACUUGUCGGCAAUGUUUGGCGAUCCACCCCAGUUGUGCGUGGUGCUCUCAAGAGGGCUUUGGGAAAGGGAGCGCGUCGCGCUGUGAUCAGAGGCAGAAGCUGCUGGAUGGAGGCUGUGACGAGGAGGCCCUGGAGUUUCCCUCCAGCUCACUGACCGUGGAGAAGGACCAACCUCUGAGCGACAGAGGCUCCGGGACGGCCGGCAGCGUCACACAGAUUAGCCCGCAGAAACUGCGUAUGACCCUGAGGCCAGACGACGCCAGACGUUUCACUAUGUCAGUGAAGCAGGUGGAGGAUUAUCCGGUGGACCUCUACUACCUGAUGGAUCUCUCGUAUUCAAUGAAGGACGACUUGGCCCGCCUUCGCACCCUGGGCAGUGAGCUUGCCGAGACCAUGCGUCGCACCACGAGCAACCUGCGCAUGGGCUUCGGAGCCUUUGUGGACAAGCCCAUGUCUCCGUACAUGUACAUUUAUCCCCCGGAAGCCAUUGAAAACCCUUGCUACGGGAUUUCAGCAACUUGCAUGGCCCAGUUUGGCUACAAGCAUGUGCUGUCGCUGACUGAGCAGGUGGAGCACUUCACCGAGGAGGUGGAGAAGCAGCAGGUGUCCAGGAACAGAGACUCUCCAGAAGGCGGCUUUGAUGCCGUCAUGCAGGCAGUAGUGUGCAAGGAGAAGAUAGGUUGGCGUCCUGAUGCUUCCCACCUGCUGGUGUUCACCACUGACGCCAAGACACACAUUGCCCUAGAUGGACGGAUAGCUGGGGUGGUCCAGCCCAAUGAUGGUCAGUGUCACCUUGAUAGUGACAACAAUUAUGACAAAUCUACUGUGCUGGACUACCCCUCUCUGGCACUUAUGGCUCACAAAAUGUCUGAGAAUAAUAUCAACAUGAUCUUUGCCGUGACCAGCAACGUGGUGCCAUUCUAUAAGAACUAUAGUGAGCUCAUUCCUGGUACAACAGUGGGAAUGCUAUCGGAUGACUCGGGGAAUGUGAUUCAGCUCAUCGAGGAUGCUUAUAAGAAGAUCCGCUCUAAGGUACAGCUGGAGCUGCUGGGGGUCCCAGAAGAGUUGGCUCUGUCGUUUAAUGCCACCUGCCCUAAUGGAGAGCUCCUACCUGGACUCAAGUCCUGCUCUGGGCUCAAGAUUGGAGACACGGUUUCAUUUAGCGUAGAAGCUCGAUUGCGCGGCUGCCCCAAGGAGAAGAAGAGUCACACUUUCACCAUAAAACCUCUGGGCUUCAAGGAUGCGCUGGAGAUCACCAUUGACUUCGCCUGCGGAUGCGACUGUGAGUCUCGCGCCGAGGCCGACAGCCCCUUCUGUAACCAUGGCAAUGGAACCUACGAGUGUGGCAUGUGCCAGUGCCACCCAGGGCGCCUGGGCCCACACUGUGAGUGCUCUGAGGGUGACUACAGGCCAUCUGAUGACGUUAACUGCAGCCCGAAGAAUGACACACCCAUCUGCAGCAGGCGGGGGGACUGUGUGUGCGGACAAUGCUCCUGCCAUAGAAAUGACUUUGGUGAGGUCUGGGGGAAGUACUGUCAAUGUGAUGAUUUCAACUGCCAGCGCUUCAAAGGGAAACUUUGCUCCAGCCAUGGGAAGUGUGACUGUGGAUCCUGCAUUUGCGAGUUAGGCUGGAGGGGAGAGAACUGUAACUGCUCCAUGCGUACCGACACCUGCACGUCCAGCAGCGGCCUGCUGUGCAGCGGCCGGGGCCACUGUGUCUGUGGCGUGUGUGAAUGCACGCAGCCGGGGGCCACCGGAGACACCUGCGAAAGAUGCCCCACAUGCCCGGAUGCCUGCACCAUUAAGAAGGAAUGCGUGGAGUGCAACCACUUCAAGAGAGGACGGUUCUUCAAAGACAACUCGUGUACCAAAAUCUGCAGGGAUGAAAUCCGGCUGGUGGAUGAGUUGGUCUUCCAUGAUAAGAAUGCUGUGAACUGCACAUACAAGGAUGACAAUGACUGUGUGGAGCACUUUCAGUAUUACGAAGAUGACAGCGGCCAAUCUAUACUGUUUUUGAUCAAAGAGCCAGAGUGUCCAAAAGGUCCUGACACCCUGGUGGUGCUUCCUGCGGUGGCCGGAGCCAUUCUGCUACUGGGACUAGCUGCCCUGCUCAUCUGGAAGCUGCUGGUCACCAUCCAUGACCGCAAAGAGUUCGCCAAGUUUGAGGAGGAACGAGCCAAAGCCAAAUGGGACAUGGGUCACAACCCCCUGUAUAAAGAAGCAACCUCCACUUUCACCAAUGUUACCUACCGAGGGAACUAAGGACUCCUGUCCCAGACAAGAGCAAGAAAAACUCAGGGGCCAAUGAAGAUGCCAUGUACUUACACAGAAACAGAUGGGGUGAAUAACGUUUUACACUGUCAUGUGAUCGGCUACUGCGGAUGAAAUGUUAUUGCUGUCAUCAAUAUGUUGUCAUUGUAUAUAUUGUUAAAAUAUAUUAAAACUAUGCAAGGGGUCACAAAUAAGGUUGCUCACUUAUAGGUUUCUGUUAUAACCUGGCUUUACAGUGUGUCAUGUUUUGUAGUAUUUUUGGUACUGUACAUACAAUAGUCAUGAGCCACUAACUCACAAAGAUGUUGUGACAGACCAGAUGCAGCCAUGAAAAUAUGUAAUCAUAAUUUUUACCAUUGCAAAAUGAUGAUGGUGUCAGGGUUUUUUUUUUUUAAUUCAAAUCCUCCUUUUUCAGACACAAAGGUAGAUCCAUGUUAAAGACAACAACAAAGAAAUACAACACAACGCAAGAACACAAAAAUAUAGCUAAAAACAGCAGUUCACAAGUCCACAGUGACUAAAAGCUAUACAGACAUUUGUUCCAAUGUUUCCAGAAACAAGAGGAGUACCUGGUGUCACUUUGUGUAGGCUCCGUUAACAGCAUUAUAAUUAUAUUCUUAGAAUCAAUUAAUCGACACGUAAAUUUGUACAUGCAAUUCUUUAACACAGCAUGAAAAGUGGGAACAUUACUAGUCACAAACAUAUGACUUGCACUUGUCCAUCUUGGAAGCUUGAGCAAGACUCUGAAUGCAUCAUUACAUAAUACCUGCAGCUUUUUCAUUUUUGCUUUACUAUAAAUGCACCACAAGUGGGCUGUAUAGAGUGGAGUACAGUAGGCCCUAAAAAGAGCAGUUUUAACCUCGUCUGUACACAUAUGAAAUUUGUGUGCCAGCAUAUUGGCUAGUGCAUACAGUUUGCAACACUGGCGCUGCACAUCAUCAUCAUCACAUAGAUCAUCCCUGAUGAUGUGACUCAGAUAUCCCAUUUUGUUCACCAAAUUUAGUGCUUGGUCUGCCAAGAAGAAUGAGGGAAAAAUGUUGAUUGUUUUUUGUUUUGUUUUUUUUUGUGAUUUUUUUUGUGGUUUUUUGAUUGUUAGUUUGAAUUUGUCCAGUGUGAAUCUGUAUAAAAGUUAGAUUUAGCAGCAAUCUCAAAGUACAAAUAGGGGAUAGAGUUGUUUUAAAAUUUGUUAAUUUGGAGAUUUUUUUUGUAAGUCUUUUCUAUCACUGCAAUCACUGCUGUCAGAAUAAUGUCAAAAAUGUCUGCUUUUCCCAUUUUUAUGCCACUGAAAUAUUGCAGUUUAUACUGUAACGUACAUGAAUAACUAGACCCGUUAGCCAAGCGGGUCGGACCCUUUAGUGGACUGGUUAACGUUGUCGCUUGCAGAGUGGGAGAUACGGGUUUGCGUCCCGGUUGUGGCGACAGUUCCCGGACUUCCCCCCUGAAUUCGCUACAUUGGUGUCAGAAGUGGGAUGGGCUCAUCAAACAGCAGGCUACUGCCGUCCUGCUCGUCCAGGCUGGGGUCCUCGGGUCCUGCGCAGCCGGGUCCCACGCCACCUAUGCUGAGAACACAGAAGGGCUUGAAGCUGUCUGCUGAGAGUGGUGGGGAUGGGAUGGAAGGGUUGGACUGGUCACUGGGGGCUGACCUUCUGACACCAAUGUAGCAAAUUCAGGGGGGCAGUCCGGGAACCAUCGCCACAACCCAUAUCUCCCACUCUGCAAGCGACAAUGUUAACCAGUCGACUAAAGGGUCCAAUCCAUUAGCUAAGGGCUAACGUGUCUAGUUAUUCGUGUACGUUACAAUACUAUAAAACUUAUUGUCACUUGUUAAAUGUCAAUAUCGUUAAAUGCCGCCCAUGUUUGGCUGUAUUUCCUCACCUAAACCUUGCACUUGCAAAUGUUGAGAUAUAUUUGAAAUAAAAACUUGA